GACGAACAUACCGCAGUCAGCGUCGUUGUGAUACUUCCUCUCAAGUGGCCAGGAGUCCAGCACCCAGAGCGCUUUUUUCAAUCUCGCUAUGUCAGUAGCAACUGGGCCGUCGAACGGGGAGCCUGUCAAUGGGCUCCAUUCAAGUCGGACAGAGCGACUUGUAAAAUGGGCACAUUCUCUGUCUUGCGACGAUUUGCCCGCCGAUGCAGUUGAACGAUGCAAAGCCUUUUUCAUCGACUGGCUUGCUUGCGCUGUGGCGGGGAGAGAUCACCCUUCAGUCAAAGCGAUGGUGGAAUAUACCCAAGCCAUGGGUCCAUCCACGGGCAGGUGUGAGGUGGUGGGAUAUCCUGGCCUCACCACCAGCGCAGCUUUUGCUGCACUCGUCAACGGAGCGUCAUCGCACGUGGUGGAACAGGAUGAUCUUCACAACAGCAGCAUGAUGCACCCGGCUACGGUGAUAUAUCCCACAGCAGUCGCUGUGGCUCAGGAUGUUGGCGCAACAGGGAAAGAAUUCAUCACCGCAUGCGUGGUGGGCUACGAAUUCGCCUGUCGAGCGGGCGAAUUUCUGGGCAAAGCUCACUAUGAAAACUUCCACACGACAGCAACGACGGGCGUUCUCGGGGCUGCAGCCACGGCUGCUUACUUGCUUCGCUUGACUCCGGACCAAUUUCUAUCGUCCAUCGGAACCGCGGGGACUCAAGCCGCCGGUCUCUGGCAAUUUCUGCUGGACGCUACACAUUCCAAACAGGUGCACACGGCGCAAGCCUGUGCCGGUGGUGUCUUCUCCGCCUACGUGUCACGUUCCGGUCUGAUGGGUCCCCACGACAUCCUCCAAGGUCGCCGUGGCAUGGCGGCAACUCUGGCAUCAGUUGACCCAGACCCGUCGUUCAUCGACGCCCAACUGGGGAAGAAAUGGUCCGUGCUGGAGUCGAGUUUCAAAUGGCACGCCUCAUGUCGCCACACCCACCCGUCCGUGGACGCGUUGUUAGCCUUGAUGGAGGAGGAGAAGAUCGCUGCUGGCGACAUCGAAUCCAUCACAGCGCACACGUACCAGGCGGCAAUCAAUGUGCUGAGUUUGAGUGCCGCCGGCGAGACGGUUCACCAGAGCAAGUUCUCCAUGGGUUUUGUGUUGGCGGUGGCGGCAAAGAAUGGGUCUGCGAAGAUCACCGAUUUCACCGAGCAGGCCCUUUUGGAUCCUGAGCUGCGGGCACUGCAGAAGAGAGUCACCAUGGUCUUCGACCCCGAGAUAGACGCAGUGUUUCCGGCCAAAUGGCUCGGCAAGGUGAUCGUCACGACCAAACAAGGCCGUACCGUGUCAAAGAGCGUCGAUGUAGUCAAAGGGGACCCGGGCUGGACGUUGACCAAGGAUGAGAUUGAAGCCAAAGCCAUAUCACUGGCCCGCUAUGGCCAUGUUCGGGAUCUGAGUCUGUUUGAGGCCACUGUUCGGAAGAUUUGGAGGUUGGAAGCUGAGAAAAAGAUAGAGGGCUUGGUCUUCUCAUGAAACACCAUCAUGUGUUGAUGUACCGUAGGAGGCUACAAAC